UACAACAAGGAAGAAAUCUUAGAUGAUGAGGGUCCUAGAAGUUGGGGUCAUUGAAGGUGAGGAAGGUCAUUGAAGGUCAGAGAACAGAAGGGUUGAGGGUCAACAGAGAGAGAGGGAAAGGUUCCCUGAAGUGAGUGAUCAGGAGGCUGUCUGAGAAGAAAGGGAAUGGUGAAGACAAGGCCCUGGGUGGGAGCAUGGAAAUGAGGCUUCCUGAAGACAAACCAGAUGAUGUUCCCUAAUUUGGAGUACCAAGCCAGCCAGGGAAAUUCCCAUAAUGCCAGUUCUCAAUGCCCAGAAUAGCAGAAUACCAUUACUUUGACCCCAUGCCAGGAAAGGUGCAAAGAACAAAGUGUCCCAAAUAGGCUAUCAAGGUGUGAUGUGAAUUAUAACUUCCAUGCAGAUGGCAUUUGAGCAGCUUUUGAAAACACUUUCAGGGUUUUUUGAUUUUGUUUUGUUUUUUAAUGUCAGGUCACUCCCUCCAAAAGGUUGUGGAAAUAAAUUUGAAUAAACAAAACAGGUUUGCUGAAAAUAAAACCAGGACGCCCAAGCUGCUCCAGUCAGCCUGCUUCCACAAGGCCCCACCUGUCAGCCAGUGCAGAACCUUGGCUGAGCGAGCAGCAUCCAUCAUGAACCAGGUGAUCGUGUUCUUGGUAAUGGCCAUGGGAACCCACACCCUCAGUAUUCGGAUCAAGAAGGACUGCAUCCACUGGUCCAGCUGCUGCCCCAGCAAAGGGCAGAACCCCACUCAUGAAUGGCUGACGCAGAACACUGUGCUCAUGACCCCGCCAGAGAGCGCUAGCCUCAUCCACCCCCUAGAAUCCUGCAGGGCCAGUGAAGAUGGACCCCUCAACAGCAGGUCUAUCUCCCCCUGGAGAUAUGAGUUGGACAGGGACUUGAACCGGCUCCCUCAGGACCUGUACCACGCCCGUUGCCUGUGUCCACACUGUGUCAGCCUACAGACUGGCUCCCACAUGGACCCCCUGGGCAACUCGGAGUUGCUCUACCACAACCAGACUGUCUUCUACCGGCGGCCAUGCCCUGGGGAGCAGGGUACCCGUGAUGGCUACUGCUUGGAACAAAGGCUCUACCGCGUCUCCUUGGCUUGUGUGUGUGUGCGGCCCCGAGUGAUGGCCUAGUCAUGUGCCCAUAGCUGGUUCCCGGGUGGAACACUGGGUGCAUGACCACCUGCCAUGGUGAGCCAGGAACCCGAAUGCUCAACCCUUACAAAACACUACAGGAGCAGCAGGAUUGUGGGACAGGGUGGAGGACUUUGGGGGGAUCCGCACGUUUCACCAUUUGGAGUGGAUGGGAAAUGCAGGGUGAAGCAAUGGAGCUGUUUAUGGCCGCUAAAAGAGAGCAUCCUGCAUUUCCUCUUGGGAAAGGUCAUAAAGGCCCUCCUCGUUUCUGGAGGCCGCCACCCCCAUCUCUUCCUUUUCUCCCAUCCCCAGCUGCCCUGGCACAGCACAAGCACUUUCUUGCUACUUUCCUUGUUGUCAGUGGAGAGGCCCUCAUUUCAUUUGUUCGUUCAUCUGUCCAUCCAUGCCUCCAUGCCUCCAUGCAUGCAUCCAUCCAUCCAACACUCAGUGAGCAUCUCCUUUGCACAUACCUUGGUUCAGUUACUAGGCUCUGAGGAAGAGGCUGCUAUUGAGCGUGGAGACAUUUAUCCAAAUAAAUAAUCUGUAUUUAAAAUGGCCUAAAUUGUCUUGGCGUCCCUGGUGCCUGAACACCAAGCUCCCCAGCCUGGUUCUUUCUCUUCCCCACCGUCAGCCCUUACCUACUGCCCUGUUCUUCUGCCUUCCAGAGUUUCUGCUGUGGCCUCCCAUCCCUCCCCUUCUCUGGCUCCCUGGCGUACCCCUGAACACUGGGGUGGGGGUCAGUCUGCCCUCCUGGCAUGCUGGAAAGACAGAGGCCCAUUGAGGCACUGCAGCAGGCACACAGCGCCCCCUUGUCCCCCCAACAAUCUGCCUUUGUCCUCAGUCUUGGCUGCUACAGCCUGGUCCUGGGGGGUGCUGCCUGGGCCGGGCUCCAGCUCCCACCAUCCCUAAAAGGAAAAGGGAGAAAGGACAGCCAGGAAGAGAGGAGUUAGGGGAGGGGGAUGCAAACUUCUUCAGGCCCGGGUCCUUGGGGGGCUCCUAGUCUAGCCCAUUUCUCGGCUCGCCACCUGGCUCCUCCCGGUUUCUUUGUGGACCUCCUCCUUCCCCCCCC